UUGGAACCAGACCCGCUUUGUUCAACAGUAGGGGAGGGCAGACGAGCCCGAAUCGUUCAUUUCAGUCUUCAAGAGCGGACUCUCCUGUCUUAUCUUUUGUCUGUGUGUAACGUGUCUUUUAAACAUUUGUCUUUGGUGGAUUCUAUCGAGGGAUGUCAAAGCGAGUGCGAAGCAGAGAGGUCUGCGCUGACUGCAGUGCUCCGGAGCCACGCUGGGCCUCUGUUAAUAGGGGUGUUUUGAUCUGUGAUGAGUGCUGCAGCAUCCACAGAGGUCUUGGGCGACACAGCUCUCAAGUCCGACAUUUGACUCAUUCGUCAUGGCCAUCUUCUCAGCUACAGAUGGUCCAGACACUGUAUGGCAAUGGAGCUAAUUCCAUAUGGGAGCACAGCCUUCUGGAUCCUUCUUCCUCAACAACCGGGAAGCGCAAAGCCAACCCUCAGGACAGAGUACAUCCCAACAAGACGGAGUUCAUCAAGGGCAAAUACCAGAUGUUGGCAUAUGUCCAUCGGAUGCCUUGUCGGGAGGAUGACAGUGUUACCGCAAAAGACCUCAGCAAGCAACUUCAUUCCAGCGUUCGGACUGGAAACCUGGAGACCUGCCUCAGACUCUUAUCUUUGGGAGCACAGGCCAACUUCUUCCAUCCAGAGAAAGGAAACACCCCACUGCACAUAACAGCAAAAGCAGGACAGAUGUUACAGGCCGAACUGUUGGCAGUUUAUGGAGCUGAUCCCGGAGCUCUGGACUCGAGCGGGAAGACCCCCAUUGAUUAUGCAAGACAAGCUGGGCACCAGGAGCUGGCAGAGCGGCUGGUGGAGAUCCAGUAUGAGCUCACUGACCGAUUAACAUUUUACCUCUGUGGGAGAAGACCAGAUCACAGAAACGGGCAACACUUCAUCAUUCCACAGAUGGCAGACAGAAAUGACAGCCUGGAUUUGUCAGAGUUUGCAAAAGCUGCAAAGAAGAAGCUCCAGUCGCUAAGUAACCAUCAGUUUGAAGAACUUGCUAUGGAUGUUUAUGACGAAGUGGACAGAAGAGAAACGGAUGCAGUGUGGUUGGCCACCCAGAACCACAGCACACUUGUAACAGACACCACAGUUGUGCCUUUCCUGCCUGUCAACCCCGAGUACUCGUCCACCAGAAACCAGGGUCGUCAGAAACUGGCACGGUUUAGUGCUCAUGAAUUUGCCACACUGGUUAUCGAUAUUCUAACUGAUGCUAAACGGCGGCAGUGGGGUAAUUCCUGUGACAGUCCCAAAGAUAAUGUGGAGCUGAUCCUUCAGGGAAUCAACAGCCACCAUAACAGCGAGAGCCAAGACAACGACCAGCCGGAUUACGACAGUGUGGCGUCAGAUGAGGAUCCGGUGCAAGAGGCAACCUGUGGGGACAGCUGCAAUGAUAGAAGGACCAAGAGUUCAGAGUCAUCUGACCUCUCUGAUGGGCCAAUCACAGUGCAGGAAUUUUUGGAGGUAAAGACCGCCCUCACUGCGUCCGAAGCCAAAAUACAACAGCUUCUAAAAGUCAACUGUCACCUGAGUGAAGAGCUGCGGAUGAUGCAGAGCAAGCUGAGCUCCCUGCAGACUGAAAACACAUCGCUGCGAUGGCAGACCCCCAGUGGACAGCAGCAGCCCCAGGGGCCCUGUGGUCGACACCCACCCCGCGGAGGUCGCGCCAUAUCCAUGUAUGAGACGGGCUCCACUCCGAGACAGUUCCCCCACCGCGUCGACACGGCUCGGCAUGAGGACGGAGUCAUUUUACAACCUUUCCCGACUAAUAUUGGGAGGGGUCCUUUGGGGACGGCUGCUUCCUCCCUCCCUACCUUCCCCUCUUCCCUGUCCUGGUCGUGGGAUGAGAGAUCUCGAAGGGGCUGUAGUCUGGAGGGACAGAAUAUCAUGCUGGAGAAUGACUACGACAUGACGCCCAACCACUCUGAACUGGACGAACUGGCAGCCCUCUGCCAGGGUCUGACGCAGGCGAGCCGGGGGAAGACGGUGAGCGAGAUGCCACCCUGCCGUGCACAGAGGACGUCAUCUGUAAGACGGAGCAGAUCACUAAGAACAUACAAGAGCUUCUGAGAGCUGCACAGGAGACCAAACAUGAAAGCUUCCUGCCUUGUUCAGAAAAAAUCUGUGUGGCUGUGACUGAGAUGGCCGCCCUUUUUCCCAAGAGGCCGUCGUCAGAGACCGUGCGCGGGUCUCUGUGUCUGCUCACAUCGAGCGCCAGCCGGCUCCACGGAGAGUGCCAGAAGGCCGCGGAUCACAGUCCCUGCCCGGCGGACAUCCAGCUGGUCACUCAGCAGGUCAUCCAGUGCGCCUAUGACAUUGCCAAAGCUGCCAAGCAACUUGUCACUGUGACAACCAAAGAAAACAACAACUAGUAACUGAACCCCAAAGACAUUCCUGAUAAACACCCCAAAUACAGUUUAACGGUGUUGCUAAUUUUCCAAUUAAUUAGUGUUAACACCAUUUCCCCCCCCCUGAAUUAUCUAUGUAAGGCUCACAUACAUUCCUUAAGUUGAGAAAACAUUUAAAAAAAAAAAAAAAAAAAAAGCUUAACCAUUCAAAGUUAACGAUUAAUAAAAACAUUAGUUUUAUUUAGUUGUCUUUGUAUCAAGGUUAUAGGUAGUGAACGUCAUCUUUAAAAGUAGGACCGAAUCUGAUUCUACUCUUAACCUCACGAUGUGAAAGUAGUUGAAUCCACAAAAUGUCCUCAAGUGCAAUCCUGUGUGCGUACAUCCAAAACAAAUAGAACAAGUUAUUGAGUCUCAUACGUUGUACUUCUCCCCGUAGAGGUCAUCAGUGUAGCUCCUCCAGGUCAGACCAAUCUACAGUAGAUGAACUAUACUUAACACCGGUGACAUUAGUCGUUUCCCUAUAGCCGUUUUUAAGAUGCAAUGACAGUAUUUUAAUCUUGAAUCAUCAUGACACCGCUCGCUUUGAGUUUCAAAUGUUUGUUUCGUAAGCAAACUGUGAUUUUUAGAAAACCGCUUCACAAGAAUGAGCACCGUGUUGAGGCCAGCAGAUCCAGGAGUGUGCCAACGAUCAAUCCAUCCAGAAGCUCAUGUCACAGUUCAGUCCCUCCUCUCUGGUUUAAGACGUGUUUUUAGGUGAAGCAUCGAUAGUUUUGGAGUUAAGAUGUUACAGCCAUACUUCUGAUGUUGUGUGUAUGUGAAUGUGUGCUUGCAAGUGUGUGUGUGUGUGUGUGUGUGUGUGUGUGUGUGGGCAAUACUGUCACAGAGAAUGGCCCGAGGGCUCAUGUGAAACCCAAUUUUGAAUCAAUUUUAAUAGCAUUAUGCAAAUAUAUAAGAUGUAUGUAUCCAUGUAAUUCUUUAUCAGAAUAACCCAAAUGCUAUUCUAUUUAUGAACUUGUAUGUCAUACCUCUAAGAAAAUAUCAAUGUUUAUUUUUUCAUAAGCUUUUGUCUAACAUGAUGCUCCUCACAGACUAACUUGUGUUCUGAGGUUUGGGACAGCUCAGCCGGCAGUAAGUUAAAGGCACCUGGUGAAAAACGCUCUGUUUAAUUGAUGUGGCAUGCUAACUCCAGUGUUUUAGAUGCUACGUGGUCAAAUAUGUACAGCUGUGUUUUACAAUCACUGAUCACAGUUAAUAUCCUUUAGGAGUUAGAGUACUUGUUGUAAAACCUGGUGUCCUAUGUGCCACUCGUUGUGAGGCAGGAACGUUUAAACCAGGGGUGGACAGAGAAAAGAAAUCCCUGUUCAUUCAAUAUUCCUCCAGUAGACCAUCAGUUUUGUCUUCAGUUUAAAAAAAAAAAAAAGUGUAAGUAAUAAACACGUUACAUCUGGUCGACAUGAAAGAAUGCGACUGUAACAGUUUCAGUGUAAACGUUCAACCUCGUCCUCUUAAGAAUCAAAAAUUCUGGAGUAAUUUCCAAAGUGGUGAAAUUCUUUCAAAGCACAUUUCAGAACAGGUUUUCAUAGAUGAAUAAGUGAAUGUCCACAAAUUAAUUGUUUAUAUCUUCUGUUUAAAACAAAUGUCUUAAAAAUGUGUGUUUUUUUUUUUUUUUUUAACUUUGCAUUUACUUGAUGACCCUGCAACUAAAUUCCAUGGCCUAAGAGUCUGCUUUUGUUGGUUGUUUACUUGUGUUUAUAAAUUAUACAUUUGUAAAAAUAUUUUUUAUGGUGUAUUUUUAAUUCUGCCCUUUUCGUGAAAAAACAGUACGACUGGUUUAUAUUAGCUAGUAUGGCCACAAGCUUAUGAAAGUUUUUGGUCAAACUAGAUCAUGUGUUUUUUUGUUGUUUUUUGUUGUUUUGUUUUUACCCUUGAGUGUGAAUUAAACAAUGAUGCCAUUUUUGCUUAAGCUGUCAAACUUUAAACUUACAAGGGGAAUAAAAGCUGACUUUACUUUUAAAAGUUAGAUGGCUUUAAGUCUUUAUUUAAAACCCAAGUAUUGUAACAGAGCCAUGGGAGCAUUGGCUGAAAUUGUGCUUAUUAAACAACCUUAAAAUUACCUCAGAGCUCCUACAAAAUAAAGUUAAAAUACAGAUUUUCAAAGUAAUGGCUCGCUUUCAUGUAGGUAACUCUCCACUCCUGGUUUAACCCUGACAUUUAAUCCCCUGUAACUUUAAGCCUGCCGCUGCCUCUGUUGUUGAAACCAUACCUACCUUAGGUAUAAUAAAGUAUUAUCCAUACCUCAA